CGCGCGCGUUCCGGAAAGGCGCCGGAGCAAGUCCGAUCCGACGCCGGCCCCUAUUCUUAGGCAUCUGGUAAUAUUCCAUCGGCAUCUUCCCGCCUCCUGGGCAACUAUAUAGUUCCGCACCCGCCUCCACACCCUUUCAUCGUCAAAAGCCUCAACGCACACGCACGCACAGCACACGCACACAAGUCCCAACUCGCAGGUCAAGUCCAAGAAGAAGGACCGUCGAGAUGGCCGGCGUCGUGGUGGUGUUCGACUUCGACAAGACCAUCAUCGACGUCGACAGCGACAACUGGGUCGUCGACGGCCUGGGCGCCACCGAGCUCUUCGACCGCCUGCUGCCCACCAUGCCGUGGAACACCCUCAUCGACACCGUUAUGGGGGAGCUGCACGCGCAGGGCAAGACCCUCCGCGACGUCGCCGACGUGCUCCGGGCCGCGCCCAUCGACCCGCACGUCGUCGCCGCCAUCAGGGCCGCCUACAGCCUCGGCUGCGACCUCAGGGUCCUCAGCGACGCCAACCGCUUCUUCAUCGAGGCCGUCCUCGACCACCACGGCCUCCGGGGCUACUUCUCCGAGAUCAACACCAACCCCAGCCGCGUCGACGCCGACGGCCGCCUCCGCAUCGCGCCGCACCACGACUUCCACGCCGGCCCGCACGGCUGCGGCCUCGGCACCUGCCCGCCCAACAUGUGCAAGGGCCAGGUGCUCGACCGCAUCCGCGCCUCCUCCGCCACGGCGGACGGCACGAAACGCUUCAUCUACCUCGGCGACGGGCGCGGCGACUACUGCCCGUCGCUGCGGCUCGCCAGGGAGGACUUCAUGAUGCCGCGCAAGGGAUUCCCCGUGUGGGAGCUCAUCUGCGAGAACCCGGGACUGCUCCAGGCCGAGGUGCACCCAUGGAGCGACGGCAAGGACAUGGAGGAGACGCUGCUGCGGCUCAUCAGCCGGGUGCUCGUCGAGGAGAGCCAGCUGCUGCCGCUCGACUGCAAGCUCGAGUCGCUGCCGGUGGCCGUCCAGGACGGCAUGCCCAUGCCGCUCGGCGUCAAGAACUGAUCCAUCCAUCCAUCCAUCCAUCCAUCCAUCCGUGCUUCAUUACGAUUAAUUUGGGGAUUCUGUAUCUGAUAUAUCUUCUGAUUCUGAUUUGCUUGCCUGAUUAGCUGGUGUGUACGAGUUUGGGUAGGCCGUUGCAGGAAACUAAUUAAGGGUGAGGUGUUGGAGCGCCAAUGGCGAACUCGAUAAUAAUGUAUGAGGCUUGCAGUAUUAGCUAGUGUAGCAGUAUUAUUGACUAAUUUGUGAGUAGAGUAUCUUCGUUGGGCCGCCUGGCAAUGGUGAAGGCUCGCUGUAUCCCAUCUAUCUAUGGAUUGACAAAAAGAAUAAGUACAUGAGUUGAUCUCUGACGAAAGUCAAUUUCGGUCGA